AUGAAGAAGUCUGUUUUUAAUCUCUUACUGAUCCUGUGGAUGGUGGUAAUUACUCUAUCCACCAAUGUUGGCGGUAGGCCUGUACAAAAGCCAAUGCCAGCACCGCACCAUUCAUCACUUCCAGUUGAGGGAAAACCACCGGUUGAUGUGAAAUCACCUCCUCAUAAAUCGCCUAAGACACCACAUUCAUCGCCUCCUCCACCACCCAUAGAGAAACCUAUGCCAUCACCGCCAAAAGAAGGGAAACCACCCGUUGAUGUGAAACCACCUCCCCAUAAAUCUCCAAAGACACCACAACCAUCGCCUCCACCGCCAUCCACAGAGAAGCCUAUGCCAUCACCACCAAUUGAUGUGAAACCACCUUCCCAUAAAUCGCCUAAGACACCACAUCCAUCGCCUCCACCGCCACCCACAGAGAAGCCUAUGCCAUCACCACCAGUUGAUGUGAAACCACCUUCCCAUAAAUCGCCUAAGACUCCACAUCCAUCGCCUCCACCACCACCCACAGAUAAACCUAUGCCAUCACCGCCAGUUGAUGUGAAACCACCUUCUCAUAAAUCGCCUAAGACACCACAUCCACCGCCACCUACAUCGUCUUUAGAUCAUUUGAUGAAACCGUCGCCUGUACAGAAGCCUACACCAACUCCGCACCAUCCAUCGUUGCCCAUACAUAAGCCUAUUCCAGCUCCAAAACCACAUGUGGUUAUGCCUCCAUCACCAUCCGUUUACUAA